AUGGGAAAUUGCUCGUGCCCAAGAAGCCUCACGGGCGACACGAACGAUGAGCUCACCUUUGGCCAGGAUGGAAAGGGCCACGGCUUCGGCAAGAGCGGCCGCGGCGGGCGCCAGAAGCGCGAAGUGACUUUCGAGAAUGGAGCCGUCUAUAAUGGAGAGUGGAUGGGCGAUGUUCGAGACGGCUACGGCGUGCAGAUUUGGGAUGAUGGAGCACGCUACGAGGGACAGUGGGUAAAUGACAAAGCCCAGGGGAAAGGCAAAUUCGUUCAUGUGGACGGCGACGUCUACUUCGGCGACUGGUUCGAAGACAAGGCUCACGGCUACGGCGUCUACAACCACGCGGACGGAUCUAAGUACGAAGGCCAGUGGUAUGAAGACAAACAGCACGGCCAGGGGACCGAGCAGUGGCCUGACGGAGCCAAGUACGAAGGCCAGUACAGCAACGGGAAGAAGCACGGAAAGGGCACCUUCUCUUGGGCAGACGGAAGCGUCUACGAAGGCGACUUCGUGAACAACGACAUCCACGGUUACGGGGUCUACCGCUGGGCGGACGGCCGGCGGUACGAAGGCGAGUGGGAGAAGAACCGCAUGCACGGUCAAGGGAAGUUCCAGUGGGCAGACGGCCGCGUCUACCAGGGUGACUACCGCCACGAUCAGAAAGACGGCAAGGGCACCUUCUCGUGGCCCGACGGCAGGAAAUACAUCGGAAACUGGCGGAACGGGAAGCAGCACGGCCGGGGAACGUACAUCACAGCAAAGAACGAACAACGCAACGGCGAAUGGGAAGAUGGCCGCCGGAUCAAAUGGAUAAAGGACGGAGAGUGA